AUGUGUCAAAAUUUAGGUUAUAAUUUAACAACAUUGCCUAAUUUUAUGGAUCAUAAGGAUCAAUCGCAAGCGGAAAGAGCGUUGGGUACGUUUAUGCCACUGGUUCACUACAACUGUUCCAAGCAUUUGAGACAGUUUCUUUGUGCUGUUUUAACGCCGAUGUGUUCUGAACAAAUUAAAGGUGCAAUACCACCGUGCAGAGGAUUUUGUGAAAGAAUACAAGGAGAUUGUCAACCAGUUAUAGAUCAGUUUGAAUUUCCAUGGCCUUCACUGUUGAACUGUUCGAGAUUUCCUGUAUAUAACGGAUAUUGCAUCUCGGGAAAUCAAAGCACUGAAAAUAGUAAAGCUUUGUCUGUUCCAACGUGGCUUGAUAAUAACGUACGAAGAGAUUCGGUUAUGAUGCAAUGUCCACCAAAUUUUGUUCAAACUAUGGAAUUUUCUUCAGUAACGUGCAGUCCGAAUUGCGGAAAGGAUGCAUAUUACAGAAAAGAAGAUAAACUUUUUGCAGAAAAAUGGAUGGUUGGUUGGGCGUGGCUGUGUUUCUUAUCAACUUCUUUCACUCUGCUAACGUUUUGGGUAGAGCCAUCCAGAUUUCGAUAUCCGGAACGUCCAGUAAUAUUUUUGGCGUUGUGCUAUUGUUUAAUCGGUGUAACAUAUAUACUCAGAGGUGCUCUCGGACCAAGUACUUUUAGCUGUGUUCAUGUGGAAAAUGGAGAAUCCUACAUAGCUGUCGAUGGCAUGCAAAGUAUGCCGUGUACUUUAGCAUUUUUAUCACUCUACUAUUUUGCACUUGCAUCCAGCAUUUGGUGGGUUAUUUUAGCACUUUCCUGGUUUUUGUCAGCAGCCAAUAAAUGGUCUAGUGAAGCUUUACAUGGUUUAGCUUCAUACUUUCACGUGGCUGCUUGGACAGGUCCAGCUGUCCUUGGAAUUGUUGCUUUAGCUCUGCGAAGAAUAGCCGGAGAUGAAUUAACUGGUCUUUGCCAGGUAUCUGAUAGUGAUGUAUUAGCAUUUCUGGUAGUGCCACAAGCUGUAUUGCUUUCAGCCGGUUGCGUUUUAGCAACCAUUGCUGCUGCUGCUUUAAUUCGAGUAAGAAGAACCAUGCAAUCGGCAGGUCGUUGCACGGGCAAACUUGAAAGACUUAUGACAAGAUUAGGUGUAUUUGCCAUACUUUAUGUUCUGCCAGCCAUUGGAUAUUUAGCAUGUUUAAUAUAUGAAGCCUGGCACAGACCUAGAUGGCGGUCUUUAGCACUCUUAGCGGCAUUAGAUUGUAGAAUAGAUCCAAGUUGUGAACCAGGGCCUUCAUACAGGACAGCCGGAGUCGAAAUGGCUCUCUUACGCUUAUUCUUAUCGUUGGUAGUAGGCGUCACUUCUGGAAUGUGGGUUUGGUCAGGAAAAACAUGUCGAGCAUGGAGCAGACUUUUUGUGUCACCAAAAAAAGUACCACCGCGAAUAGUAGGACAUAGUAUGCAUCACAUAUCACGAGUUUAA